GUGCUCCGUGGAUAACCGGGUGACCCGAGUGGCCUGGCUCAACCGCAGCAGCAUCCUCUACGCUGGCAACGACAAGUGGUGCUUGGACCCGCGCGUGGUGCUCCUGGCCAACACCAAAACGCAGUACAGCAUCCAGAUCCAGGACGUGGACGUGUACGACGAGGGGCCCUACACGUGCUCCGUGCAGACAGACAAUCACCCCAAGACCUCGCGCGUCCACCUCAUCGUGCAAGUGUCUCCGAAAAUCACCGAGAUCUCCUCCGACGUCUCCAUCAACGAGGGCGGCAACGUCAGCCUCACCUGCAUAGCCACGGGCAGGCCAGACCCCACCAUCACCUGGAGACACAUCUCGCCCAAAGCCGUGGGCUUCGUGAGCGAGGACGAGUACCUGGAGAUCACGGGCAUCACGCGGGAGCAGUCCGGGGAGUACGAGUGCAGCGCCUCCAACGACGUGGCGGCCCCCGUCGCGCCGCGGGGCAAAGUCCCCGUCANNNACCCGCCGUACAUCUCGGACGCCAAGAGCACCGCGGUGCCCGUGGGCCAGAAGGGCGUCCUGCAGUGCGAGGCCUCCGCCGUGCCCUCGGCCGAGUUCCAGUGGUUCAAGGACGACAAGCGGCUGGCCCAGGGCCAGAAAGGGCUCAAGGUGGAGAACGAAGCCUUCUUCUCCCGCCUCACCUUCUUCAAUGUCUCCGAGCAGGACUACGGCAACUACACCUGCGUGGCCUCCAACCAGCUAGGGAACACCAAUGCCAGCAUGAUCCUCUACGGUGAGCGCGCGCGGCGCCCCGGCCCCGGGCGCGAGCAGAAGAGCCCCCUCCUCAUUAGGGAUGGUGUCUGCGAGUCGAGGGCUUUGCGAGAGCUGUCGGUUCUCCCCUUUCUAAUCCGUUGA